UUUCAAGCAAAGAUAAGGUGUUCAGCUGAUGGUGGCACAAAUGUACUGUUCACUUAUGUUCCAGCAUCACAUUCUGAAUACCUCCCACAUUUCAUCGCUGGUGACUUUGAUUCCAUUGCACCAAUCAUCAAAGAGUUCUAUCAGUGCAAGGGCUGUGAUGUAUUCUGUAGACCUGAUCAAGACAAUACAGACUUCACCAAAUGCCUAAAUAUUUUACUUGAAAAAGUUCAACAGUCAAACAGUAGUUUGGAUUGCAUCAUAGCCCAUGUCGGAGCUUCUCAACGUCGAUUUGAUCACCAAAUGGCCAACAUCAACACAUUAUACAGAUUUUCAAAGUCUUCAAACGUCUUUCUAUUCAUCAUAAUGUGUGACAACGUUUCAUUUAUAUUGCCGGCAGGCGAGCACGAGAUAGAUGUCGACUCAGCGUUGAGAGGCAAAUGGUGCUCUUUGGUUCCAAUAGGUUCCUCGUGUACGGUCACUACAAAUGGUCUAACUUACAAUAUGACAAACAGUGUUCUUGAAUUUGGUGAACUAGUAAGCACGAGCAAUGGAUUCGAUGGCUCUCCUGCCGUUAAGAUUCAAAAUGAUAGACCAGUUCUCUGGUCCAUGGGAAUCAAAAUAUAA